AUAAAAUCUAAUUGAGUAUAGAAAUUAGCUACAUCUAAAAUAAUCUCGUGUUAUUCGUUAACAGCUAAAGAGGGCAAGCUCACUGUAGCAAUAAAGUGCAGCGAAAGUAUUUGUGUCCGCCAAAUGAUAAUCUGUAUCAACAGAGGCAAGUACUUAUGCAACCAGCGGGUCUGCGGCACCAUUUGCCGUCUCCAGCCUCAGUAGGUAGUAGACAUUCCAAGCAAAGACCCGCAAAACCAAAAAAAGUGCCACUUUGGAACCUGUGAACAACUGUGAUAUUAUUUUUAGUGAAUCAAAAUGCAGUCGUAUGUUUUAUUAUUAUUGUUUUUAUCAAUUGGAUUUUUGAAAUCGGGUGAAUGUCAGUCAUUACAAUGCCCUAAAGUUCGAACAACUAGUGGUUGGCUAGAUCUGUUUCCUAUUCCGUGUAGAAAAAGUACUGAAUGCACCGUAAUGGGAACACAACAUCUUUGCUGCAAAGGAUUCUGCACAAGGGGAGUAAAAGCGGCAGCCUUACGAACCACCGAGGCGAGUAACGUAGUCGAGCCCAGUAGUACAAGCACAAGCACAAGCACUAGCACAACCACUAGUACGACUACCACAACAACCACUACCACUACAACUACAACAACUCCGAGUACCACCAGCUCGACAACUACGACUACCACAACUACACCGAAGCCGACCACAACGACAACUACGGAGCCACCGCGACCAUUCCUGCAACUGCUGCCCAUACAAACAACACCGAAAGCUGCUCCAGCUAAAAUAGGAAAGACACAAAAAUUAGUAUGUCCGAAGAACCCGACUUCGAUUCUGUUCCCAAUUCCCUGCGAAAAGAACUCACACUGUCGUGCUAGCAGUGGGCCCGGGCAAGUUUGCUGUCAAGGACAGUGUGUGAAAGGUGUUCCAGCUCCGCGACCUACUGUAUCGGAACAAUCACAUCAACCUAUUCUUGGUGUGAUCCCUCGUGAAUGUCCUGCGACACCGCUCGGUGAGCUACUUUUUGAGGUACAAACUUGCAAGACUGAUGCGGAUUGUUGGCCGCGCGUAUGCUGCCCGGACGGCACGCGCUCCUACUGUCGUACCGCACGCGCUCGCCUCGACCUCGUGCCCGUCGCUAAUAGAAUUGAAGCCCCGGUGCGUAUGUUGGAGUCAUACUUACAAUGUACGCCACCACCACAAAACGAUUCGUUCCCGCAACGCUGCAGUUCGAGCGUUGAUUGCUUCCCUAACUUAUGCUGCGCUGAAGGCGGCAAAAGGCAUUGUCGACCCCCACAAAGAAGUCUCUUUGCGCUACUUGUUGGCGCUGCUGCGAGAUUGGGCUGAGGCUUGUGCAUUCUACAGUAAAAGACCUAAUUAUAGAUUGUAAAUAGUUUUUAUGUAUUUAGUAAUAAAAAGGCCUCUUUUU